UAAAAGACAAAAAUUAUUGGUUUGUUUCUACUAUAACUAUUUCUCUCUCUCUUUCACUUGCUGUGGGCACUUGAUUGGAAGUUGGAAAUCAACAACAAAACUUAUCUCUCUUUCUCUGUCUCUGUGUACCUCUUGUUAAAAAAUUUGUUCUUUUCACCGAAGACCGUAAAGGGUUAUGAGCUUCUUCUCAUGGUCCUGGUUUUCUUCCUCUUUGUUUUCAGCUUAUGUAGCGAAAGGGGGACCUAAUGAUGCGAAAUAUUGAUAAUGUAGUUACCUUACUCACCCUUUAAGCCAUGAAAAUAAGCUUUUUCUCAUCAGGGUGUUCCGCGAAUUGGUGCAUUUAUUGAAACUUUAAGGCUGUUGUUGGAUCUGCAUUUGGAAGAGGUUGAACUUUGAUGGUUUUGAGAGGUGCUAGGUUUGAGUGUGAGCCACAUGAAGAACUUGAAGUGGCACAAGCAAAUUUCCAACAGUGGCAAGUUGGGGAGAAGGCUUUCACUUGGGGAGUAUAACCGUGCAGUGUCAUGGUCUAAGUAUCUUGUGUCUCCUGGGGCUGAGAUAAAGGGAGAAGGAGAAGAGGAAUGGAGUGCAGAUAUGUCUCAGUUGCUCAUUGGAUCCAAAUUUGCUUCUGGCAGGCACAGCAGAAUCUAUAGAGGAGUUUACAAGCAGAAGGAUGUGGCAAUUAAGCUCAUAAGUCAACCUGAGGAGGAUGAGGACUUGGCUGCUUUUCUUGAGAAGCAAUUCACUUCUGAGGUUUCCUUGCUCCUAAGAUUAGGCCACCCAAAUAUUAUUACUUUUAUUGCUGCUUGCAAGAAACCUCCUGUGUUUUGCAUAAUUACUGAAUAUUUGGCUGGUGGUUCAGUGGGAAAAUUCCUGCAUCACCAACAACCAGAUAUACUUCCACUCAAACUUGUUCUGAAAUUAGCCCUUGACAUUGCAAGGGGGAUGCAAUAUCUUCAUUCUCAAGGGAUUCUCCAUAGGGACCUCAAAUCAGAGAAUCUCCUUCUCGGGGAAGACAUGUGUGUAAAAGUAGCAGAUUUUGGUAUCUCAUGCUUAGAAUCUCAGUGUGGCAGUGCAAAAGGAUUCACCGGAACAUACCGUUGGAUGGCGCCCGAAAUGAUCAAAGAAAAGCAUCAUACCAAGAAAGUAGAUGUGUAUAGUUUUGGCAUAGUUCUAUGGGAGCUUUUGACAGGAAAAACUCCAUUUGACAACAUGACACCAGAGCAGGCAGCAUUUGCAGUUUCCCAUAAGAAUGCAAGGCCACCAUUGCCAUCUGAGUGUCCUUGGGCAUUUAGUGAUCUCAUCAAUAGAUGCUGGUCAAGCAACCCUGAUAAGAGGCCACAUUUUGAUGAAAUAGUUUCCAUUUUGGAGUUCUAUACAAAAUCACUUGAGCAGGAUCCAGAGUUUUUCUCAACUUACAAACCGAGUCCUAGUAGUAGUAGCACAAUUCUGGGGUGCCUCCCGAAGUGCAAUGCUCGCCAAAAAUUUGGUGGUACUUGCAAAGCUUAGCAAUAGAUGCUUCUCAGUUGUGUGACAUGAAGAAGUGUAGCAUAUUCAUUCCCAUGAUCGAAAAAUAUGUUCAGUUAACAAAUACAAUUCUCUUUAAUGAGCUCUUUUGAGUAAGAAAAGGCUAAACAUGUGUUCCUUCAAUUAUUCUGAUUGCUACCACUUAAGAUAUAAAUUAUCAAUGGCUAGAUGUAUCUUCCA